AUGAAGCAAACGAUCGCCUUGAAGUUGUUCCCCAUUCUGCUGGUGCAGGAAGUACUGGCAUCUCACCUGUCCUCGGACUCCAGCACCUUUACACUGGAUUCCAUUUCCGGCAAGGUGCUGAUGCUCUCCUGCGUCGUCCUGAUCACUUGCGUUUGGGUAGGCUGCGCCUACUUCAUGGCCAAUCGCCACCAGAAGGCGGUGCAGUACCUCCAGGAACAACUGGACGAGCUGUGGCUGCUGCAGGCGAAGCCCUCAGUGUGGCCACAUGCGCCCUUCAUCCCGAAUCCCCGGGCGGAGGAGAAUCCGCCGGAGUACAUUCCGCCCAGGGAUCCGGAGGAGCAGGAGGCGUUGGACAAGGAGGCGCUGGAGCGGGCCGAAAAGGCCAGGGCAUUUUUGGCGGCCAGAAACAAGGAAAUAAAGUGAGAUGAAACCCAUUUCCUUCAACUGAAACA